AUGUCUGUUUCAACAAUCAAUAUCCAAAUUGACGAUAAUGAACAACCAACUUAUACUAAUUUUCGGAAGUGUCCAUAUACUUUCGAUCAGGACACAACUCUAUCGAGUCUCCGCAAAUUCAAUACUCGUUCGUGUUUAAUAACAAUAUUCUUGCUUCUUGCUGUUGUUACCCUACUAGCACUAGCUGGCUUAAUUGUUGCUAUCUAUGCAUUAACUGUGAAUUUCAAUAACCAUGGAAUCGUUUUUGUUACAGCCGCAACUUCCAGUACAACAACGGUCAAUACUUCAGUAACUACUUCACCAGUACAAUGUUCGUCUACACCUAUAACGACUUUUACUUAUGCAACUGACACUCCAUCACAAUGUUCAAACUACACACUUAACACUGAUAAAACACGUAAUUUGGCCUAUACAAGUUCAAUUACCUCUUGUGAUAAUACAUCGCCAUUCAGUAACAACACAUCAGUAUGGAUUCGUUUUCAAGAUCCAGCCGGUACAUUGAUAGCUAAUUCAGUUGUACCUCCUAAUUCCUGUGGCACGGUAGCUAGCGGAUGGUUUGCUGGUCAAUAUCCUACAGCAUUCUUUAGUACCGCUACAAGUAUCGUCUGUUAUUAUUAUUCAACGAACACAUGCAGUGAUUGCAAUUUAAUAUCAAUAACCAACUGUAAAACUUUCUACGUUUUUCUCCUACCUCAACCUGAUUCCUGCAAUUAUCGAUACUGUACUGUGUAA